AUUGCUUUUGAAGUGUUGAACCAGCUUUGCAAACCUAUAAUAAGUCCACCAAUAUUAUGCUGUUUUGGUUAUUGUAGUGACCAAAUAGGACCAGUGAAAUUUGAGGAUGUGGUUGUGAUUUUCACUGAGGCAGAGUGGAAGAGACUGAGCCUUGAGCAGAGGAACCUAUACAAAGAAGUGAUGCUGGAGAAUUUCAGGAGUCUAGUCUUGUUGGAUUCAAAGCCAGAAGUCCAUCCCUGGCCCCUCUGCCCCUGCCCUCUGGCCUUUGGCGGUCAGCAAUUUCUCAGCCACCAUGAACUCUGCAUUAUUCCAGGUUCAUGUGCAGGAAAUCAACUCCAACCAGGGGAUCCUUGCCCAGAUGACCACCAGCAGUGGCAGCAACAACAUUCUGAUAAAAACCACUGGGGGGCCAAAGCAGAAGAUCAAGGAAUGGGAGUCUCUACACCUUUGUUUUGGAGUACAAAUGAGAAGGGGACUUAAGUGGUUUUCUCUUGCCCACCCCAGGGACUACCAGUAAGCUCUCAGGGAGGCAACAAAGUGUUGAAGGUACAGCUCAGUCCAGCCCAGAGGGUAAGCUCUGGGGAAGCAGACAACAUUCCUGAGAGGGUAGAACUCUCAGGAUUUGGAGCAGUCAGGUAGAGGUGUGGACUAGGUUUUAGCCAGAAGUCAGACCUCUUCAGACACAGGCUGUCACGAGCGGGGAUAUCUCCUGUGUGCAGAAAGUGUGGGCGAAGCUUUAGCAGGAAGUCACAUCUCAACAGACAUCACAGACACACGGGGGAAAAGCCUUAUAUAUGUGGGGAGUGUGGACAAGGCUUUAUAGAUAAGUCACCCCUCUACAACCACCAGAGUACACACUCAGGUGAGAAGCUUUAUGUAUGCAGGGAGUGUGGGCACGCUUUUAGCCACAAGUCACACGCACACAAGGGAGAAGCCCUUUGCAUGAUGUGUGGGCGAGGCAUUAGUGAAAAGUCAGACCUCAUUAAGCACCAGAGGAUUCACACAGGGGAUAAGCCUUAUGUGUGCAGGAACGGGUUGGUGCUGCCACCCCUCCCUGUGUGCCUCCUGGCAUCCAGUGAGCUCCUGGGUUAUCUGUAUGGCUCCAUGGCCACCAUGCCACCGUGA